CGAAAGAAACGUAAGACCUUCUUUACAAAAUAUAUAUUAUAAAUAUAUGAACUUUGGCUUCCAGUUGACCAUCAUCAAUCGUAACCACUCGGUCAUCUCCGGUAAGUUCGGAAGAUUACGGAACACUCUCCGAGUUCGCCGGAUUUGACCGAGAAUUAAUGUCUUGACCUACAUGUAUUGAAUAUGUCAACUGAAAGUACAAUGGAGGAAUCUUCGCGUAUUUCCAAGUUAUUAGCGGAUAAUUGUACAGUCUUGACGUAUGGAGUCAUAGGAGUAUGUGCGUUUCUCAGCGUCCGACAGUAUAUGCAGGGCCCAAAAUGCCGCAGCACAUUGAAACUGGCAGGCAAAACUGUCCUUAUAACAGGAGCGAAUACCGGCAUUGGGAAAGAAACCGCGAAAGAUCUGGCUAAGAGAGGAGCUAGAGUGAUUUUAGCAUGCAGAGAUCUGACGCGAGCACAGAAAGCUGCCAGUGAUAUCACCAACAGCACGGGAAACUCGAACGUCGUGGUAUACAAGUUGGACCUUUCCUCCCUCAAGUCCGUCCGAGAAUGUGCUGAAGAGGUGAAGAAAAAUGAGCAGAGGCUUGACAUUCUGAUAAACAAUGCAGGUGUAAUGUGGACCCCACAAUGCCAGACCGAGGAUGGGUUUGACAUGCAGAUGGGGACGAACCACCUGGGACAUUUUCUCUUCACGAAUUCACUGCUCGACCUGGUGAAAAAGUCUGCCCCAAGUCGCAUUGUAACAGUUGCAUCCCGUGCACAUGAAAGGGCUAACUUUGAUAUUGAAGACAUCAAUAGUGAGAGGUCAUUCAGCACCAUGACAGCGUACUCUAACAGCAAACUGGCCAACAUCCUCUUCACAAGAGAACUUGCGAAACGACUUGAAGGUACCAACGUAACUGCAGUAAGCUUGCAUCCUGGUGUUAUUGCAACAGAGCUGACGCGCCAUGCCAAUGAUAAAAACAUAGCAACAUGGGUUCUCAUGACGUUCUUGUUCAACCCAUUCCUGCAGCAUCUGAUUAAAACACCCACAGCCGGGGCACAGACGACACUCUACUGCGCUCUUGAUCCAGACGUAGAAAACCAUCCAGGAAAAUAUUUCAGUGACUGUGCUGUCAAAGAGCCAACAAAAGCUGGACAAGAUGACAUCAUGGCCUCCAAACUAUGGACCCUCUCAGAAAAACUCACAGGCCUUAAUAAGUAAAUGUGCUCCAGUAGUUUUAAACAUGAUGGAAGCAGGCCUUAUAUGACUAUGCAACUAUUUUGAUAUUUGAACUUGUAUGCUGUUUUAUGUUAUUUCUCUACAGUGACAAUAACACACAUAAAAUGAGAACAGGACAUAACUAGACAAGAAGAUAUGUGUACAGGAUUUUUGCUGGAUUUUGGUGUACAUUUUUCUUAUCAGAAAGUUCUCAUUUAGUUCUUCACGUAUAACAGCAACUACACAGCAAUCGCUGAACCUAAUGAAAAAUAAAAUGUACACUAAACAUUUAUUACACUAAACCCAUAUGCAAAUGCAUGAACACAUACAAAAAGGACUGAUAUGAGAUCAUGUUUUAAUGUAUACUAACAUCAUAAUUAUAUGUAUAGUUUAGAAAACAAAUAUUUGAACAUCUAA